UUGGUUUUGUUGGAGGACCGAAUCAACACAAAAUUGAGGACCGAGUCUCUAAUUUGGACCGAGUCCAAGGAUACAGAAGGCAAAACAAACAAGCGCAUUGGGGAUUGAAGAUUGGACUUUGGCCACAGUUAAAAACAAAUCAAACGUCCCCUUAUUAUUUUCUCAAAUAUAUUUAUUUUUAUAAAAAGUAAGUAAUAAAUUAUGUACAAAUCACUAUUUACGUCGAUUUUUAUUGAGAUAGAAAAUGGGCGGGUUGGAGAUGGUAAAAAAGCUGAUGAAGAUGCACAUUCGAAUUGAAUGAGAAAGCAAUCAAAGCAUGUAAGAGUUUAUAUGUAGCUAUUUUUCGAUGCACCAUCAUGCAAUAAUACCACUAUGAAUCCCCAAUUUUCUAAAAUUUACAAAUUCUCCAACUUCACAUCUCAAAUAAUCAACCGCAGAAGCCGAAAGCAUGAACUUGCUAAGCUUUUACAGUCACCUUCCGCCACUGAUAACCCAAAUUCCUACUUUAAAUCACUUCAUGGACAGAUCAUAGUAUCCGGGUCUCAAUCUGAUACGCUUCUUGCAAACAUAUUGAUCAAAAGCUACUCAAAGUGCAAUAACUUAACCUAUGCACGGACAUUGUUCGAUGAAAUGCCUGAGAGAGACAUAAGCAGCUGGUCUUCGAUGAUUUCUUCUUACACACAGCAUGGAUACAGUGAAGAAGCUUGGACGAUAUUUCUCAUGUUCCAAAGAUCCUCUAACAAAACCCCAAAUGAGUACGUAUUAGCUAGUGUUAUUAGUGCUACAACUCAGUUAGGAAAUGUGGUUAAGGGUUCUCAGCUGCAUAGUUUGGUUGUUAAAACAGGUCUUGAUCAAGAUGUUUAUGUGGGUACUUCACUUGUUGAUUUCUAUUCCAAAAUCAACAAAAUAGAAGAUGCAAGAUUGAUAUUUGAUAAUUUACCAAUUAAGAACGCAAGAACAUGGACUACAAUAAUAGCUGGUUAUUCAAAAGUAGGAAAGAGUGAAGUUUCUUUACAAUUACUAACCCAAAUGAAGGAAAAUAAUGUUGUUCCAGAUAGAUAUGUUCUUUCUAGUGCUUUAACUGCAUGUUCCAUUAUUGGGUUUUUCAAAGGAGGGAAACAAAUUCAUGGUUUUGUGUUGAGAAGAGAAGCAUCCAUGGAUAUUUCAGUUAGCAAUGCUCUUGUUGAUUUUUAUGUGAAAUGUGGUGAAGUGAAAACAGGAAGAAAGAUUUUUGAUCACAUGGAGUUCAAGAAUGUUAUAUCAUGGACCACUAUGAUAUCUGGCUACAUGCAGAACUUAUUUGAUAAAGAAGCUAUGAAUUUGUUCAUUGAAAUGACUAAAAAUGGUUGGAAACCAGAUGGAUUCGCAUGUACUAGUGUUCUAACUUCAUGUGCUUCACUUGAAGCGCUAAAUCCAGGUAGACAAAUACAUUGUUAUACUAUCAAAACAAAUCUUGAAAAAGAUGAAUUUGUGAACAAUAGUUUAAUCGACAUGUAUUCCAAAUGCAAUUGUCUAAUUGAUGCGAGAAGAGUCUUUAAUGGGAUCCAACACCACAAAGUGAUUGGUUACAAUGCGAUGAUUGAAGGGUAUUGUAGACAUGAAAAUCUUGAUGAAGCGUUGGAUCUUUUCCAUGAAAUGAGAGUCAAAUCAAUUGACCCGAGUUUGUUGACUUUUGUUAGUCUUCUUGGAGUUUCAGCUUCUUUGACCACUUUAGAACUUAGUAAACAAAUUCACUCCUUCAUCAUCAAAUUCGGUAUCUCAUUAGAUGUAUUUGCUUGUAGUGCUCUGAUAGAUGUUUACUCAAAAUGUUCAUUCACAUCUGAUGCACGCAAACUGUUUGAUGGAAUGCCUGAAAGAGAUAUUGUAAUAUGGAACGCUAUGAUUUCAGGGUAUACCCAUGUAUCAGAAAGUGAAAACGCAAUAAAACUUUAUCAAGAACUACAACUUACAUAUCAAAAACCAAAUGAAUUCACAUAUGUAGCACUAAUUACAGCAUCUAGUAACCUUGUUAGCCUUUCCCAUGGACACCAAUUUCAUACCCAGAUCUUGAAAACGGGUUUAAACCUCGACCCAUUUGUCACAAACGCAUUGUUGGACAUGUAUGCGAAAUGUGGAAGCAAAAAAGACGCUCAAAAUCUUUUCAACUCCACGUUUUUCAAAGACAUUGUUUGUUGGAAUUCAAUGAUAUCAACAUACGCACAACAUGGGGACGCGAAAGAAUCUUUAAAAUUAUUUAAAAAAAUGAUAAAUGAAAAAAUCCAACCGAAUUAUGUCACGUUUAUAGCUGUUCUCUCGGCUUGUGAUCAUAUGGGCCUUGUAAAAGAAGGGUUCGAUCACUUCUCAACAAUGGGUAAAUUCGGUAUUUCACCCGGGGUGGAGCAUUACGCGUGUAUGGUGUCGCUAUUGGGGAGAGCCGGGAGGGUGUAUGAAGCGAAAGAGUUUAUUGAGAAAUUACCGAUACGCCCUCCGGCGGUGAUUUGGAGGAGUUUGUUAAGCGCGUGUGGAGUUGUUGGAAAUGUCGAAUUAGGUAAAUAUGCGGGUGACAUGGCGAUUUUGAAUGAUCCGAAAGAGAGUGGAUCGUAUGUUUUGCUUUCUAAUAUUCUUGCAAGUAAGGGUAUGUGGAGUGAGGUGAAGAAGGUGAGAGAGAAAAUGGAAGGAAAUGGGGUGGUGAAAGAAGUUGGAUGUAGUUGGAUUGAAAUAAAUAAUGAAGUUCGUGUUUUUAUCGCGAGAGAUAAAUCGCAUCGUGAGGCGGAUUUGAUUUAUUCGGUGAUUAAUAGUUUGAUUGAUCAUGUUAGAACGCAUCAAACCCUUGUAUGAUUUUUAUAAUUGAUUGAAGUAAUAGCUAGUGACAUGAAUUUUGUUUUAUAACCUCGUGUGGGUCGUGGGUCGUAUUGGUGGGGACACCUGGAGGUGGUGUUUUACCCUUUUGCCCCUAUCGUAUAGCCAUUUGGUUUUGGGUUGGCAUUUUUGAGAAACAAACGAGAUUUUAAGUCUCAGUAGUUGCAGUUUGGGAGUUUGAAUUCUAGGAUUGGACCCCAUGUGGGCACAAUUGUAUAGUUGUAUAUUUGAUUUACAUCCAUGUAUUGUCAAUCUGUCAAAAUGUAUCAAAUGCAACUUUCUUCGGGUUAA